AUGGCUCUCUCUGCCAUCCUCUUCAUUCUCUUCAUUGGCCUCCUGCUCCUCUGGGGCUGCCCUGCUUCCCAGGGCCACCUCCCUCCUGGACCCUGGCCUCUGCCCUUCCUGGGGAAUGUCUUGCAAAUGGACCAGAAGGGCCUCCUCAAGUCUUUCCAGCCACUGUGGGAGAAAUAUGGGGAUGUCUUUACCGUCUAUCUGGGGUCUCGGCCAGCUGUCAUCCUGUGGGGGUACGAAGCAAUGAAGGAGGCUCUGGUGGAUCAGGCUGAAGCGUUCUCUGGCCGAGGGCGCAUCACCAUCAUUGACUCUCUCUUCCAGGAACCAGGUGAUGGGAAGUCAUGGAAGGUUCUACGGCAAUUUUCUGUGACCACCAUGAAGGACUUUGGGAUGGGGAAGCGGAGUAUUGAGGAAUGAAUUAAGGAGGAGGCUCAGUCUCUGGUGGAGGAGCUUCAGAAAUCCAAGGGGGCCUACCUGGAUCCUCAUUUCCUUUUUAACUUCAUCAGUGCCAACAUAAUCUGCUCCAUUGUCUUUGGUGAGCGCUUUAAUUAUCAGGACCCUAGACUAUUACAGCUGCUACAUUUACUUAAUGAAAUCUUAAUCAUUCUCUCCUCCUUCUAUACCCAGGUGUUUGAAAUCUUCCCAGGCAUCUUGAAACACUUUCCUGGCAAACACAUCCGCUUGUACAGCAUGAUUGAAGAAGUGAAAGCUUUUAUCACUGAGAACGUGGAGAGGCACCAGAAAAUGCUGGAUCCCAGUGGCCCUAAGGACUUCAUUGAUUCCUUCCUGCUUCGCAUGGACAAGGAGCGCUCAGAUCUUGAGAGUGAGUUUCACCAGGAGCAUUUCGUUAACACGGUGCUCUCACUGUUCUUUGCUGGUACAGAGACCUCCAGCUCCACACUCUGCUUUGGGUUUCUACUCCUUCAUACGAACCCUGGUGUCUUAGAGAAAGUCCAGGCAGAAAUCGACAGAGUGAUUGGUGCACACCGUCUCCCAGCUCUGGAAGAUCGGGCAAAAAUGCCUUAUACAGAUGCCUUAUACAUCCACAAGAUUCAGAGAUUCAGUGACCUAGUCCCUGUUGGUGUCCCCCACUCUGUCAUCAAGGACACUCACUUCCGAGGAUAUUACCUCCCUAAGGGCAUUACCAUGUACCCCAGCCUGAGCUCUGCCCUCCAUGACCCACGCCACUUUGAGAAGCCAAAUGCCUUCUAUCCUGGCCACUUCCUGGAUGCACAGGGCAACUUCAAGAAGCCAGAAGUCUUCAUCCCAUUCUCCAUGGGAAAACGCCUCUGUCUGGGUGAGAGCUUGGCCCGCUCAGAGCUCUUCCUCUUCUUGACCACCCUGCUGCAGAACUUCUCUUUGGGGUCUCCCAAGGCCCCUGAAGACAUCGACCUCAAGCCCAGGGAGAACGGGCUGGGGAGACCGCCCCCUUUGUUCCAGGUCCGCUUCCUACCCCGCAGAGGAGGGGGAGGGCAAGAAGAAGCACAGAUGUCCUCUGAGUCCUUGCAUCCAGCCCCUGCCUCUGUCCAGAAUUAA